UUAUUUUAUUUUUUUUCAUCUCAGAAUUUGCGUUCUUUGCGUUAAAAUUGUGACAUAUUAUAAUGUCAACCAAAACAUGUAAUUAUCUUUAAGUAACAAAUGGGACUGAACGUCAACGGUCUCUACUGACCAUGUCUUCUGAAAAUCUGGAAAUUGUACACGAAGGAUGGUUGACGAAAUCACCUCCUGCAAAGAGAGUUCUGAAAGCAGUCAGUGUAAAAUUGAAAUGGCGUAGAAGAUGGUUCGUGUUACGCCAUUCUGGUGAAUUACCUGGUCAAUAUUUUCUUGCUUAUUAUACAGAUAAAAGUCGUAGAAAGAUGAAAGGUCGAAUAGACUUAGAUCAAUGUGAACAGGUUGAUGCCGGAUUAAGAUUUGAAGAUCGCAAAUCAAAAUAUCAUUACAUGUUUGAUAUUAAAACACCUAAAAGAACCUAUUAUUUAGCAGCAGAAUCAGAAGAAGAUAUGAAUAAAUGGGUUGAUUUUGUAUGUCAUGUUUGUGGUCUUAAGCCAUUUACAGUUGAUGAAAAUGCUGAUUUUGAAUGUCCAUCUGUCAAUAAUAUUUGUAGACCAUUUCCUCUUAGUGUGGAAGAACAUGAUGAAGAACAUUCAUCUCCCGAUUCGCCAACAAGCACAUCUUCCAGUCAUUACAUUCCUAUAAGUGAAUGUAUAUCUGGAAAGCCUUUACUUCCAAUUCUUCCUCGUUCAACUAUAGAAGAGUCUUAUGAUUUACCUCGACGUAUAAGACCUCCACCACGUCUUUCAGAAUCACCUCCACCAAGUCCUGGUUCAGAAUCUGUGUUUACUGAUGAUGAAUCAAUUAAUGGUAGCACUUUGAGUCGACCAUCUGUUAAUUGGCAAACGUUCCCUCGUUUAUCUCAAAACUCGCCAGACUUGCCAGUAGCAGCCAAUAGAAGGUUUACCAAAAUAUUACCAGAAGGGUGUUUAACAGCACCACCAAGGCCACCAAAACCAUCCCACCUAAUAGAAACUUCAACAAAAACUGAUAAACUCGUUGAACUUUUAACAGUAGAUGAAACUUACGACUUUCCAAGGUCUCAUCAAAUAACAUCACCCCAAGCACAGCCCAGAACACAUCGUAGACAUUGUUAUACAAAUGCAGCCCCAGGCCAAGUUUCUGGUAAUAUUUUCACUUAUGAUUUUGUGGAAGACUGUGGACCAAAAGUUGAAGAAGGUAAAACUGUAGAAUUAGAAUCUCCGAGUUUUAUAAAUUCACCUUCUGCAACUGCCAAUGUAAGUUCCGCCUCAUUAGAACAAACACCUCCUGCUGUUAAUCGUCAAUUAAAGCCAGGCAGAAAGUUUUCCGAUACUUCAGCUGAACUCUCACCGUUGACUCCAUUAGCUAAUCCGCCAAUUGUAAACCGAAGGCUAAAACCUACUCAAAUUAAAAAAAACCAAGAUUCCUUUUUUGAUACGACUAGUACUCUAAGAUUAUGUCCGCCACCAAUGGGUAGUUUGAGUCGUCAAAAAUCUCGUAUAGGACCUAAUGUUGUUCCUAUAAGUUUUGAACCUCGAAUUCAUAGGCGGCAUUCAGCAUCUGAUGAUCGACUAGCUUCAGAUAAAGUAUCCUCAUAUCAAAUCAAUAAGAUUUCAUCAAACUCACGAUAUCUAGCUGAAGCAAGUCGUUUCAAUGAUAUUCAAUAUUUAGAUCUAGAAUUUGAAUCUUGUGACAAACAAUAUGCAGUAGGUAACCGAACAACUGCAAAAACAACCACCAAGAAAAAAGCAUGUAAUGUAGGCAGUCAAUUCACUUUAGUAAUGCAUGACUAUACUAUGAUUGAUGGUGCAUACCCAUAUAAAACAGUAGAUUUUUUGAAAACUGCUGCUUUGUCAAUGACUAGAAAACGUGCUGAGCAAGAACGACGAUUUGGUAGACAAAACAUGGUAAAUUAAAUAUUUUAGGGUGCUUAAUUAUGAUCACAAAAUGCUUAACUUGUCACAUAUUUUAAGUUAAGUAAUAAUUGAGCGACUAUUGGCUCUUAACAUUUACAUAUCUUAGAUCAAUCAAAGCUUACAAUUAUAGUUUUUAUAUAACUUGGGACUUUCAUGUUGAAACUAAAU